AACAGUAGGCAUGAGAAUAUGGAAGUUGAAUCUGCUGGAAAUGAGGGCGAUUGCCCUUCUCAGUUGGAGUCUCAGCCUGAAAGGAGUAAAGAGGAACUAGCACAGGAGCUGCAGACAAUAAGAAAGGACUAUAUGAUUUCUACAGGCACAGUGUCUUCCUUAAGGAGGGAACUCUCUUUCCGAGAGGCAGAACUGCUGAAGGCCAGGUCUGAUCAAGACAGAUUGCAGAGGGAGUUGACGGAGAGGGUGGCACAGCUGCAUGCCAUGUCUAACAAGCUUUCCAGUUUAAGAGAUGGCAGGAAACAUGAGGAUGUGAUGUCCGAGUUGCAGAAGGAGAGCGUUAUACAGAGAAAGCAAAUUGCAGAACUGAAGCAGGAGGAAUCCAAGAGAAAUGAGCUGCUGGCCAGCUUCAAGGCUGAGAUCCAGAAGCUGCAGCAGGAGCUGGCAGCAGAGAGAGACAGCCUCGCUCAGCUACAGAAGGACCGCACAGAGAUCCAGAGCAAAGCCGCUGCCCUGCAGCAGUCAGAGCACCAGACCAAAGUGGCAGUGGAGCAGCUGCAGUCCAGGUUUGAAAGGUUCAGAAGAAAAAAUCAUCCAGGCUGCCUAUAUUGCUCCAGGUGCCAAGCUCCUGGUGAAUGAAGUCAGUGACAACGAGAUACUCAGCACCAUGCAGAAAAUAGUUAAUGACCGCUCUGAGUUUCACCAAAUGCUCACACAGAAAGGAGAGAAAGUUCCAAACCUCUAUAUCACAGAGACAUCCGAAAAACAAGCCAGAUCACCAUCCAGGAAGAGCUGAAGCAAUCUGGCUAAUCACAAUGACUACAGAGCAGCAGCGGCACAGUCCCAAUGGUGUCUUUCAUAAUUAAAUACAGGAGCAUACACCUAUGCUGGUUAUUCAUCACCAAUACAGUAACACAUGUCAUAUGUGCAGGACAGCGAGUGUCCUGUCAGUUCCUUCCCAUUCAUCCUAUUUUUGAUAAUGACAUUGUUUUUAGCAGGGAAGUCUGAGAUUUUCAUUAAGAUAACAGAAGAAAAAAUUCAACUGAUGCUAUACUUAGGAUUCUGUGCGUAUGUUUGUUAUAAUAUUGCUUAUAGUACUUAAUAUUGCAUAUACAUGACAGAACUACGUGCAUAAUGUCUGUAUAUAAAUGUUCUGUGAAUUAGAACCAGUAUUUAAUGACUUUACACAUGACAUACUUCAUCACUGCAGAAACUGGGUUCACCCGUACAUAUUAAUGAAACUUAACAGGAAAUAAAACUGUAAAAACAGG